AGCGCCUCCUAGAGUAACAAUGGUUUUUAGCAACAGUUAUCAGCUGACAACGUUUGCUAUGCUGUUUAUCGCAACGCUAUCCCGCUGUGGUUGGACAUGGCGGCGCUGAUUAGAGGACUGAGAGCUGGAAGGGCCUUGCGGGGUCUCGGCGGCGUUGCAGUUCAAGGCACACUUAGUCCCCAGUGCAGCAAUGUAAGACGUGGAUUCCAUCGUGCCGCCCUGUUACGACUGGCCAGUGACUCUAAAACUGACACGUCUGUGCCACCUCCAUCUUACCAUGAGGUUCACACAGCUGGAGAAAGCUCGUCCUCUUCAGCACAGGGAGAAUCUUCAGAAGAUGCCCAGCCAAACACCAGUUUUCAAGAUCAGAGUGGUGAACACGGUGAAGACUAUGAGACAGAAGAGCAGCUCCAAGCUCGCAUCCUGACCGUGGCUCUAGAGUUCGUUCCGCAGCACGGCUGGACUGUGGAGGCCAUCGCAGCUGGAGCAGAGACUCUUGGCCUGUCAUCAGCUUCCACUGGGAUGUUCAACAAUGGAGCCGGAGACUUGGUCCUGCAUUUCAUUGCGCAGUGUAACGCUCAACUUGCUGAGACACUCGCAGAGCAAAAUAACCAGGUCCAGCUUGGCCAGGCAGAAUCAAAGAAAACAGCCGAGUUUCUGAAAGAUGCUGUGGAGACGAGACUGCGGAUGUUGAUUCCUUAUAUUGACACAUGGCCCCAGGCCAUGAGCAUCCUGCUACUGCCCCACAACAUCCCCGACAGCCUGAAGCACCUGUCCACGAUGGUGGAUGACAUUUGGUACUACGCAGGAGAUCGCUCGACAGACGUCAACUGGUACACACGGCGGGCGGCACUGACAGGGAUCUAUAACACCACAGAGCUGGUGAUGGUGCAGGACUCCUCUCCUGACUUUGAAGAGACAUGGGCCUUCCUCGACAAUCGCAUAAAGGAUGUAGUUAACAUGGCAAACACGGCUAAACAGGUGCAAGCCACAGGAGAAGCUGUGGUUCAAGGACUUAUGGGAGCCGCAAUUACGCUGAAGAACCUAACAGGGAUGAACCAGAGACGAUGAGUUUCAUCUGAUGCUCCUUGCCUUCGUUUUGUCCUGUCUUUUACUCAUUGACUCCUCGGCUAUGCUGCACAAAUGUCUGAUACUUCACUCACCCGCUCUAAACCAACUAAACAAUUUGAAAUCAUUUCAGUGAAAGUGUUUGUGUUAUGAUACAGGGUGGAUUAUCACACCCUUAGCACUUUUAAAUGGGUCGGCUGUGCCAUAACAAAUUCCUCUGUCUUUAUCUUAACCUGAGCCCAAUGAGGAGGCCGUUUUCUUUUCAGGCAUUUCUCUGCGUUUGUAAAAAGAAAAAAAGAGGAAUAUAAAUGUAAAUUGUAUUUGAGAGUCCUAUGUAUGUUCAUGCUGUUUGUGUCAAACUCACUGGCGAGUCACUCAUUAAAAGAAAUAAAGGGUAACCUAUUUACUGAA